AUGGUCAAACCAUUGACGUUCAAAGGCGACAAGCCAAAGAAACGCAAGAUCCGCCAAACAGACAGCGAACACCCAACCCCAAAAACGCGCAAAACAACCGAACCAGACGAAGACACAAACCCCGAAGACCAAAGCUGGGUCAGCGCCGACGCAGCAAGUGACAUCGCCGGCCCAGUAGUCCUAGUUCUACCAUCCGACGACCCAACCUGCAUAGCCAGCGACGCCAAUGGCCAAGUCUUCGCCAGCAAACUGGAUAACCUAGUUGAAGGAGACCCCAGCACGGCCGAACCACAUGAUGUGCGACAGGUCUGGGUUGCGUCGAGGGUUGCAGGGACGGAGGGGUUUAGUUUUAAGGGACAUCAUGGGAAAUACCUAACAUCAGACACACACGGCCUCCUAAGCGCAACAUCCAGCGCAGUAAGCCACCACGAAAGCUACCUCGCAAUCCCAUCCCCAGAAGUAUCAGGCACAUUCUCCCUGCAAACGCACGGCGGCGACACCGAAACCUUCAUCUGCAUAAAAGAAAACAGCAAAGCAGCCUCCGGUGUAGAAAUCCGAGGCGACGCGGGUACAAUUUCAUUCGAGACGACCAUGCGCGUGCGCAUGCAGGCGAAGUUCAAGCCGCGGAUUCGGGCAAGUAAGGAGAGUAAGGCUUAUGAGAAGAUUAGUAAGAAGGAGCUUGAGGGGAUUGUUGGGAGGUUGCUUGAUGAUGAUGAGGUGAAGAGGUUGAGGAGGGGAAGGAGGGAGGGGAAUUUCCAUGAGGUUUUGCUUGAUGUUAAGGUUAAGGGGAAGCAUGACAAGUUUGCUUGA